CAGAUAAAACAAUUCAUUGAGGAAAAGCUUUAGUAUUUUCAUUUGUAUCAUUCUCAAGGACAUUUUAAUUUCAGUCCCCAAGGAAAAAUAUUUACAUGGUAAUGGUAUUGGCAUUCUUUGCCAUACAAAAUUGUAACAAUUAAUCAUUUUUGUCAGUAGUUAGCAUCAAUCUAUACUCCUCAUCAAACAUUGAAGCUAGAAAUAAGAUUGAUGAAAGCAUCUUCAGUGCAGGGAAUUGUUAGAGCCCCCAUUGGAUGAUCAAAUCCGAAUUCUUCUUCAGCUUGACAUAGCAAUUCUUGGAAUGAAGAAUGGUUCAAGUAUGAUACAGGGAUCACAAAUCUUGUCAUUUUGUUCUUCCCUACAUAAAUUGCCAAAUACCCUUUCGGAACAUCUUUUGCACUAGAAAAAGGCUUCUGAAUAAGUUGCUUGGCAUGAAUUACACCGGGAAAACGAAAACCCAUGAUUGCUGAAGUUUCUCAAGGUAGAAGAAGGAAGAAAGUGUAAGCUAAGAGUACUUGAAGUUUUGAGGAGUUGAGAUGUUGAAGAACCCAAUCUUAUGAGUACAUAUAUAAUCAAUGUGUUGUGUGGAAAUGAAUGGUGGAGACUAAAGAGUCAAAUAAUGAGCUGGGGUCUAGUGAGUGACUUAAUCUUUGAGAAAUCACAUGGUUGUGUCUUUCCUACUUAUUUGAAAGCCACAUGAAAAUUGUUAGGUGAAGGAUCCAUUAGGUCAUGAUGAAAUAUGUUCCAAAAUGGUUUCACUUUUGCUGCAUAUAUUUUGUAUCAGGUGGGGUAUCCUUGUAGUUGUAUGUUGUUCACCUGGUAAGACAAACCCAUGUGAAGAUUCAAAUACCAAACCAACCUAAUUGCUUUGCCACAGAAUCAUUAUCUAUAUAUACAUGCACCUUACCACAAUACUCAAUCACAUAUGGUAUUGUCUUUCUAAGUUAAGUAGUAGCUGGAUUUGUCUACAAUGGUUUUUCUUUGUUGCAAAAAGCUUAUUACACAGGUGGGCUCUGUUGUUGUUGUUGUUGUUGUUUUUUUCUUUUUCUAAUGGUAAGAACUUAAACAGAUCACAUGUAUAAGCAUAUCAAACUCUAAUAUAUGACUUGGAAGACAAAGCCAUGUGAACUUCAAAUGCUUAUGUUUAUGUCUCUUGCAAAUUUGUCAAAGCUGCCCAAAUGUAUUCAGAACCACUUAUUUAGAUAUGUGUUGAUUCUAACAGUCCAUUCAUCUAUAUAAAUUAAGCUACAUAACCACAGAGCUGAAUCAUCCAAUUAUCACAUUCUCUCUACUACAAAAUAUUUUUGUAAGUACUACUUCUUCUAAAGAUAAAAACACACAAAGGAAGAUCAACAUGGCAUUUGGAUUAUCUGGCUUUGUUCAGGGUAAGAAGGCUCUUCGAAGAUCGCUUUCAGGCAUAAAAGAAGCAACUUUGAAGUGUUCAACCAUUUCAAAAGGCUACUUUGCUGUCUAUGUUGGAGAAGAUCAGAAGAAGCGUCAUGUAGUACCUCUUUCGUAUCUAAAUGAGCCUUCAUUUCAAGACUUGCUAAGUAUGGCAGAAGAAGAAUUCGGAUAUGAACAUCCCAUGGGUGGACUCACAAUUCCUUGCACAGAAGACAUCUUCAUUGAUAUCACAUCUCAGUUGAACUGAUGAUGUAAUUUGUAGUACUGACAUAGCUAGAUUCACACAAAACAAUUUUGUAGAUUACAUACUUUCACCAUUUUUCUUCAAAAGAAAAGGGAUUUUUUUGACUGGUUUGAGAAAUAGUAAAUAGAAAUUACUCAUUUGAUUAA